AUGGUGCCACUAGCAUAUUAUGAUCAACACUUUGUGCCACUAGAACACUCUUACCAACUGGCCACAACCAGCUCAUUAACACAUCAAUACACAGAUGAAAAAUUAAAUCAUCCCAAUAGCCAAUCUGUGAUCAGAGUACAAUCUCAUAGUAAUAACCUUGCAGUGCCUCUGCUAAACGCUAACCAGAAGGUGCAGAAAUCCUCACUAUUGCCCUCUGCAAAGUCUCAGGACACAAUUUCUGGGGACUUCUAUAACAGGGUUCUGAAAUCACCAUUAUCUCACUGCAAACAUCAGGCCACGCCUUCACUACACCUCCGUCAGAGAACUUCAGCGUGGACUAAUAAGAGAACCCUAAGCUCGCCUUUGUCCCACUCCAAACCUCAUAUAACAUCUUCACUUGACCUCACCAAGGCAUCAUUACUGAAGCCCAAGCAAACAGACUUGAGCUCACAAUUACCCUUUCCCAAACCUCAGAAUACAUCUUCCCUAGACCUUUGCUGGACAUCACCUACACAGAGGUCUACUCAAAGAGUGUUAAGUUCAUCAUCAUACUCCCUAAAUCAUCAAGAAACACCUUCCCCAGACUACAUAUGGACAUCAUCAUCUUUGGGACCUAAUCAAAGAGCCUUUAAUUCGGCAUUAUCUCAGUCCAAGCCUCAGAAAACAAUGUCAUUGGAUAGCCUUUGGACAUCAUUAUUACCUCACAAUCAAAGAUCUUUAAGCUCACCAUCACUCAACUCUACACUUCAAAUAAAUGACUUGCUUCAGACAGAGUCUUCUUUGGAGCCCAGUCAAACAGAUCUGAUCUCACCGUUCCCUGACUCCAUAGCUCAGAGAACACCUAUAUUGAGCUCUAAUUCCAGUGUUCUGAGAUUACCAUUGUCCAAUUCAAAACCAAGGAAAUCACCUUUACCACAUUCCAUCCAUCAGUCAAAGAGUUUGCCAUUGUUCCAGCCUAAAAUGCUUGAUCGUGACUUCAGGACUCUGAGCUCAACUGUGUGUCACACCAAAUUUCAGAACACCACUUCAUUAAGUGACAAACCCAAAGCCGCAGAUCUUUCUUCACUCCACCCUAAAUCAAAUACCUCAGGUCAAUCAUUAUUAAGCUCCAAACAUGGCAUCAGGAACAUAGCUGCUUUAACAUUGAGCUCCAGACUACAGAGUAAAAGCAGUUUGUCUCUUUAUGAAAAGACAGAAUCAAAUAAAGAAAUUCCAUGGACUUUUGACUGUAUUUAUCCCUGCAUUGUUAAAGGUGGAACUGUCCCUGAUGAUGUUGUAAAUAAAAUUGUCAAUUCUCUCUCCAAGACUAGAAUUCAGAGAGAUCUCUGUAGGCAGAUUCUCUUUCGAAGGAUGAGGGGAAGGCCAAAUCCUCGUCCUGGUCCUCGCCUUUCAUCAAGUUAUAUAGUUUGUUUAGCUUGUGCUUCCUGCAUAAAAUCUCAGUGUAACCAUCUUACAGGAAGGAAAGAUCCUCGUGCUGCUACACUAUUUGUCAUACCAACACCCGAGCCUACUUCUGAGGGAGAAAUAGAGGUGAAACUAAUUUUUAUCCUUUCCCUACCAGAGACUUCUCUUUCAACUUCUCUCCCACUCCCUGUGAAAGAAAAUCAGCCAGAUGAAGUUCCAGAUGAAAACCUUGAUGGAAUGGAGAAGAUAUCACAAAUUUUCCCUACAUCUGAACCUGAUAUCACCCAGGGGGUUAAUACACAGAAAACAUGUCUGGCAGUAGCCCCUGAAAACCAAGUUGUUAGCCAACAGCCCCAGGCUAUUGACUGGCUGCUUUAUGUGAAGAAAAGUAGUUAUCCUCAGUCAGAAUCCCUACUCCCAUCCUCUUCUUCCUCUAUAUCUUCCUCCUCAUCCUCCUCUUCGUCUUCGUCUUCCUCUUCCACUGUCCCUCCUGCUGCCCCUUUACUGCCUCCUUCAAAAGAGUCUCCCGGAGCAUCUUCCCUCUCAGGCUGUGCUUUCCCUAAGGUACUCAGUUACCACCGGUUGCCUCCAGGGGUCUCCUGGCUUGAGUUUAUAUGUAGCAAAAAUCACCAGCCACUUCCUGGAAAACCACAUCAAAGCCAAUCACCACCUUCCAAAACAAGGUCUAUGAGGAAUAGCACCACAGUAAAAAGGAGAAAGGGGCCAAAGAUAAUGUUGAAAAUUUUCCAGACAAAGUUUCAGAAUGAGAGAAAUCUUGAUUAAGUUAACUUUUGUGUUUCUUUGAGAGCAAUUGACCUAUUAGUUUUUUGACAUUAGAGUUUGAUUUCCUAGCAUGCUUAUUAAACUUAGUAUUAACUAAGUGUGCCUCUAUGUUUUAGCUGAUGAAGC